CUCCACUUUAAAUACAACCGAAACACGAUCGGUCUCGAUCAUUCCAAUUCCGUUUGCAGCUGAGCGAGCGGCGAGGAGAGGAAUAUAUUGCAGCUGGAGCGAUCGGAGAGGACGGGCUUCCGAUUCGAUUCCGUUUGUCCCAGGAAUUUUGUCUUCGGUGGUGUAAUCUCGUCGAUCUGCCUUUUUUUCGUUUCCGUUUGUCCCAGGAAUUUUGUCUUCGCUGGUGGAAUUUUGUCGCCGCCUGUGCUACCGUGAGAACUCGGUGAUCCAGAACUAUAUGGAGGCAUUGGUUCCUGGCGAUCUAAAAACAAUCUUACUUGGCAGAUUAUAAACUAGUGAAUACUUCAGAAGGUUAUCAGAAAAUGACUGGUCUCGAUACGUUUCACAGUCGGGAAGAUAGAAAAGAAAGAAGAUCAGAUGUGGAGAACUCAGAAGAUGAACGAAAAAGGUUGAGUUUAGGGUCUCUAAAGAAAAAGGCGUUGAGUGCUUCUUCGAGAUUUACCCACUCUCUUAAGAAGCGAGGGAAAAAGAGAACCCCAAAUAGGACUUCUACAGUGUCGAUUGAAGAUAUAAGGGAUGUGGAGGAGGAGCUUGCAGUCUAUUCGUUCCGAAAGGAGCUAUUUUCUAGAGACUUAUUGCCUGAUAGACACGAUGACUAUCAUAUGAUGCUCAGAUUCUUGAAAGCUAGAAAAUUUGACUGUGAGAAAGCAGUUCAGAUGUGGGCUGACAUGCUUCAUUGGAGAAAAGAAUUUGGAACGGACACAAUCAUUGAGGAUUUUAAGUUUGAAGAGCUCGAGGAAGUUUUACACAAUUAUCCUCAGGGAUACCAUGGAGUUGAUAAACAAGGAAGACCAGUUUAUGUUGAGAGGCUAGGGAAAGUGGAACCAAAUAAGCUGAUGCACAUUACUACAAUAGACCGAUAUAUCAAAUAUCAUGUCCAGGAAUUCGAGAAAACUUUACACGAUAAGUUUCCUGCAUGCUCAGUUGCUGCAAAAAGGCACAUUAACUCGACGACUACAAUUUUGGAUGUGCAAGGAGUGGGUUUGAAGAAUUUCAGCAAGACAGCUAGAGACCUUUUGCUCAAAAUGCAGAAAAUUGAUGGGGAUUACUAUCCUGAGACAUUACACGAGAUGUUCAUUAUCAAUGCUGGUCCUGGCUUUAGGCUCCUUUGGAACACAGUCAAAGGUUUUCUUGACCCAAAAACAACUGCAAAGAUACAUGUAUUGGGAACAAAGUACCAGAGUGCUUUGCUUGAAGUUAUCGACUAUUGCCAACUUCCAGAUUUUUUGGGUGGCAUGUGCACUUGCUCCAGUGAAGGCGGAUGUUUGAAGUCUAACAAAGGGCCAUGGAAUAAUUCCAACAUUAUGGAGUUUGUACAUAAUGCUGAAACAACAUUGCUAAGGCAUACUAGACGAAUGUCAGAAGGAGAUGAAGCCUUUGUAGGGUCAUAUCUUUUGAAGGGAAGAAGCAGCGGUACAUGGACAAUUGAUUCUGGAUCAGAUAUGGAUGAUCUAGUCUCUAAAACUAUCGAGCAUAGCCGUCUAGCUCCAGUUCGUGAAGAAGUGAAGGUGAAAGAUUCACCAGCUUACUAUAGUUGCGAUGACCAUUUCGUUGUCGUUGAUAAAUCUAUAGAUUGUGGUCAAAGAGAAUCAAAAUCUUAUAACAAAACAGAUUUCAGAUAUCAUGGUCAGAGUUCGUGCAACAUCCCAACAUCACAUGGACAAGAUGUGCAGGCGGGAAGAUACAUGAUCGCUGAUCAGGAACUCAGAGAGCGAGAACCAUUGUAUCGAUGGAUUUUAAGAAUAGUCAUAUCUUUCCUACUCAAAAUUCUGGCCUUCUUACAUGUCAUUAGUUCAAAAGAGGGAAGGUCGAGUGAUAUCCAUCCACCAGAAGCUCACAAUGAGGUUGCAGAAGAAGGUUCUAUAGAAGAUACUUCUGAACAACAUAUGGUUGUUUGUUUAGAGCGUCUUCGGCAGCUAGAGAAGAAGUUUGAUGAGCUCACAAGCAAACCCGUGGAGAUUCCUUUUGAGAAGGAUUGCAUGCUACUUGAAUCUUGGGACCGAAUAAAGCACAUUGAGUUCGACCUCGAGAAGACAAAACAGGUAUUGCAUGCCACAGUCAUGAAGCAGCUGGAAAUCAUUGAAUCAUUAGAUGCAACCCAAGAAUUAAAGAGGAGGAUAUUUUGUUGAGGUGUGCCAAUUCUCUGCGAGUGAACUUAGUCGAACACAUGCCUUCGGCAAACUUGGCCAGCGAAUACGAUCUUGUACGGCUACUGAUUGUCAUUCAGAGAAUACGAAAAGGAAAUUUUACUCAAUGGUAUUUUCUGUUAA